CUGCUACUGCUGCGCAAGAUCAUCUACAAGAACACGAGCCAGCACCGUAGAGCGCAGUACUUUCAGUACCUCGUCCAGGUCAAGCGCACGCAUCGCACGCUCAAGAAGGACGAGCUCCAAGCGCUUGUUGCCAAGAUUCAGAGCCUCUUGUCGACGCUGCAGGUCAAGGAAGGCUUGCACCAUGUGGCGUGGAAGGUGCUCAACGGCGAGCUCAAGACGGACCUGGACGACGCGUUGCGGCAGCUGCAGGCCCACAUCCAGACGAUUGUGAGCGCGAUGGAGGCCGAGAAGAAGGCGUACCGCGCACUCGCGGCGCAGUUCGCCAUGACGUUCUUCAUUCCGUUCUGCGUCGUCGCCAACAGUCUGCUCGCGCGGCUCUACGUGCUGCAGCAAACGAUCUUGAUCCGCUUCAUCCAGGCACACCACUGCCUCACGCUCGCAUACCUCGCCCAAGUAGCGCUCGCCAACCCACUGCGCGCUGGCACGACCGCAGUCCAGCUCUCGGGCUAUGCUGUGCCUCGCCACGCGCUCACAUACUGCGACGCGCCCGGCUUGAGCUCCGAGGCCUAA